UAUAUCCUUGUGAACUGAAAAGAAAGAAAGAUGGCAUUUGCAAUAACAUUGAUGAUCAUUGGAAUGGUAGUGUGUUGCACCAAUAACAUACUAGCCUCAGCUUGGGAUGAACCAGCACAAGUCAUUCAUGUUGGAGGAAAAGUUUUGUGCCAAGAUUGUAGCAAGGGCUGGAAUGAAUGGGUUAAUGGUGAUAAGCCAAUCAAAGGAGCUAAGGUGUCACUAACUUGUAUGGACAAGAGAAGCAAAGUUGUGUAUUAUACAAGUGAUAAAACAGAUGAGUUAGGACAAUAUGACAUGACAGUGAACAAGUAUAUCUAUGGCAAAGAAUUGGAUAUAAAAGGUUGCUAUGUGAGAUUAGUGUCAUCCCCUGAUAAUGUUUGCAACAUUCUCACUAACUUUGGUGGUGGACAGUCUGGUUUCAAGCUCACCUACCCAACAUCAGUGUAUCGUGGUUUGAUCAAAUAUAUGGUUACUCCUUUUUAUUAUACAACUCCUAUGUGUGAUAUGCCUGAUACUGAUAACUAUGAUUCUGAAGCCAAAGAUCCUAAAAGACAAGGACAAGGACAAGGAGGCUAUUAUUAAUGGGAAUGUUCUUUUUUUGCUUUAAUGUUCAUUACUAUUCUCUUUUCCAUUAUGUAAGAAAGUGUAUCAACUUAUUAUUUGAGGAAAAAUGUCCACAUGUAGUGUUUUUUCUUACAAAACUAUAUUGAAUAUCCUUUAUUAUUGAAAGCAAUAGCUAAAUUUCUCAAUCC